GGUGGCCGCGGAGGUGGCGGUCGAGGAGGUGGUGGUGGUCGCGGUGGCGGCAAGUUUCAAAAUGCGGCGAUGAAGCAAAACCUGAGCCCCGAUUCAAAGAAAACCCCGCUGACCUGCCCCGCCUGCGACUUCACGUGUUCCUCUAUGCAGAACCUUCGAAUCCACUUCCAGCAGACCAACCAUAAACAACCUCUGGAGGGUGGCAAGACGCAGAACGCCGAUCCCACGCCGCAGACGGCAACCAUCCCCGAGCACAUCCGCCAAUCGGUGUUCAUCCUGAAGGAUUACAUCCACCGUACGGACCGGGAGCCGGUCAUCGGCUUGGAGUACGUCAUGGAAUACAAGCUGCAGGUCCGGCCGGGGAACAAUAUCGAGACCAAAUACUUCUGUGAGAUCUGCGAGAUGGACAGCGACCUGGUCACCAUGAUGGAACACCUCAACUGCCAUAGACACCGCAAGCUCUACCUCAUGAAGGCCUUCCCCUACGUCCUGAAGGCCCCAUCCAACAACUUGGAGGACCGGGCGCAGUACAUCAGGAGGAUGGCCAUGGAGAUCGAGCGAGUAGAGGGGACCAAGAUGUACAAGAGCGACUCCACCAUCAGAACGGUACCAAUGAAGACAAAAGAGACGGAACAAUCCAAGCGAAAAUCAAGGUGGGAUUAUGAAGGAGAUAAACAAAAGAGGAUGAAGAAGGCUCUGCACUACCUGGAAUCGUUUGAGAUUGACAACGACACCGAAGCUUCUACAGUCACAAAGCUCACAGAGAAGCUGAUCGCUGAACUCAAGUAUCACUCAGACAAGUUAAAAGAAGAGGCUCUAUUCCCAGCAAAAGUGGCCAGGGCAAAGGAAUUGGCCAUGUCAAUAACGCUGAAGGCUACUAAACUAAAGAAUGUACUGCCGACUCCAGUCCAGAAAAACCCAAUAAAUACAGGACCCGCACCAAUAAAUACAGGACCCGCACCAAUAAAUACAGGACCCGCACCAAUAAAUACAGGACCCGCACCGUUUAAUAAAGGACCCGCACCGUUUAAUAAAGGACCCGCAGAAAACCUCAAUGUGAAACCUUACAUGUCUUUGCCAAGUGGUCCUCCGCCAAGCGGUCCUCCUCCUGGUCCUCCUCCUUCUCUUCCUCCUUAUUUUGGUCCCCCUCCACCCACAAAUGCCAAUCAGUACUGGCCUCCCAACCCUGCUUUUCCACAACACCCUCAAGUCGCAAUGUUUAGUUCAGCGCCACCGGCUGAGAAGCCUCCCGAGGAAAGCAAGUUCUUUAAGAAAUUGAAGUCGUUGCUUUCUGGCGUUCCACAGAAUUCCACACAAGUGCCAGAUGAUGAACAGAUGCAUUCAAAAUUAAUGAUGUUAAAAUCCUUGUUGUCGGAUAAGAGAGCAAGUUUACAGAAUGAACAGGUAAACCAGUUUCCACCUCAAGGCACCGCUAUGAUGCAGGAUUGGGCGACUGCCGGAAAUGUAUUUAUGAAUCAGCAAACUGCGAAUGCGGGUCAGUUGGGUCAAAACGUAAUGAUGGAGAUGGCCUCCAUGGUACAAAACGCACCAGCAAAUCAGAAUGCACUAAUGCAACUGGCAGCAUUACUUCAAAACAGACAAAUUAACGCAAAUUCAUUGUUUCCUGAAAACCAGAACGUUCAAAACCAAGAAUAUUUUCCUAUGGGUGAUGGUUCAACGAUGCAGAUGGACCAGAGUGCUUAUCAGCAGCCAUUUAUGGAGCAGCAGCAGCCAGAGUUUGCCAACAUACCUCAAAGCGGAGCAGGUUUUGGCUUUGUUGAACCAAUGGAAGGAAAUUUGGGAAAUAUUGGUCAGUACAAUGACUUUAAAGCUGAGCCAGCCCCUUAUACUAGGGUCACUCUGUCCCCUAGUAAACAAAGAUCAGAAAGUAAGAGUUUUGAUCAUGAUUUUAGACCAGAAUUCAGAUCCAACCAGAGAGGGCGGAAUUUAAGGUCGUUUGAUGAUCUGGCAUGGGCCGACAGGGAGCGCGACCUGCCUUACGCCAAGCGCACUAGACUGGACGACGAUCGCAUGCCUAUAGAUCAAGACCGGAGGAAGCGCCGUCCUGAUGACCGGGCCCCCGAUAACUUGUCUGUAGAUCUCCUGAAAAGGAUUCGAGGAAAGGACUUGUUUACUGUGUCAGCAAUUCUCAGUGAAUACGCAGAUCCCGGCGUCUAAAAUAUACGCUAAAUCAGAAAGUGGAAUUUCCAGACAACAUGAACUGUGGGCACUAAACAGUAUAGGUGUGAUCAUAAGUUCCAUCAUGUAGGGGAGGUUUUUUUUGUUUGUUGUUUUUUAAGAAAAAAAUGUUUCAUUGUCUGUUUUAAAGGACAAUUUCAAGUAACGGCUGUAACUUUUGUUUUACUUCUGAAUGAAAAAAGUUAGACGCAAAAAAAAUUAUUACAAUUUUACUUUCUGUACCAUUUACACAUUAUCUUUGUUUCGUUAAAUAUUUCCAAGUAAUUAAAGUAAAAAUUUAGCGUGCUUCUA